ACCAUGCAGGGCCACCCACCUUUCAAGAAACCCAGUGUCGCUGACGUAAAGCUCAGUCUAGAACCCGGAUGGAACCAAUGGGAUAGAACAGCCAUUGGGGGAAGUGCUGUACGCUAACUGUGGAGGGAUCUCUGGAGUGAAAAAAAGACGUACAAGAUUCAACUGUGGACAGAGAUUGUACCGGAUCCAAAAACAAUAUUCUGUGGAGAUCUAGAAAUAUUAUACGGACUUAUUUAAGCUUGGACAUUGAAUCAGAGCGGACCGGAUAAGAUACUUGCACUGUGGGAGUUGAUCUGGGGAUACAACAGUGGAAAAACACUUUAGCUAGCCUAGCCAGCUAACUGAGCUAGGAACCAUCGAAAACCGGAGCAUCGGAUACACUGACCUGCUAGGCUCCGUGCGAAUCCAGAGACUUGCUUAAUGAAUUAUGUCUGCCACAAGCAUUGACCCUCAGAGAUCAAAGGGACAAGCAUCUAAAGUGCAAAAUGGUUCGCUGCAUCAGAAGGAGACUGUCCACGACAAUGACUUUGAGCCGUACCUCACUGGCCAAUCAACCCAGGUGCGUGACUGGCCGCAGAACAGCAGCUACCAGUCCAUGACCGACCCCUACCUGUCCAGCUACUACGCCCCCUCCAUCGGCUUCCCCUACCCCCUCAGUGAGGCCCCCUGGUCCACCGGUGGAGAUCCCCCAAUCCCUUACCUCACCCCCUACGGACCCUUGAACAAUGGAGACCACCACUUCAUGCCCGACACCGUGUUUGGCCAGCCUGGAGGGCUUGGCAGCAGCAUCUACCCUCACCGCUUUAACUUUUUCCCUGAGAACCCGGCCUUCUCCGCCUGGGGCACCAGUGGCUCCCAGGGCCAGCAGACUCAGAGCUCAGCCUACGGUGGCAGCUAUAGCUACCCUCCCAGCUCCCUGGGUGGCACACUGGUGCCUGACGGCCAGACAGGCUUCCACAACGACACCCUCAACAAGGCCCCUGGCAUGAAUAGCCUGGAGCAGGGCAUGGUGGGCCUGAAGAUCGGUGGUGACCUCACAGGCCAGGGGUCUGGGGUCAAGGCUGUGGGCUCUGUGAUUGGCGGACCGCCGGUGGUGGCACAGGGGAACGGGGGUACGUCGAUCGGUAUGCCCCCGCCCAAGCCCGCCUCUUGGGCGGCCAUCGCUAGUAAGCCGGCCAAACCCCAGCAGCUGAAGACCAAGGUGAAACCAGGCAUGCCCAGCCCUGGGGGAACCCUGCCCCCUCCGCCCAUCAAACACAACAUGGACAUUGGCACUUGGGACAACAAGGGGCCUGUGAAUAAAGUGGCCCAAGCCCCCAUGCAGCAGCAGCAGCAGGCUAUGAGCAUGCCCCAUGGCCACCCCAUGCAGCCCCAGACCCCCAUGCAGCAGAACCCCAUGCAGCCCCCUCCCCAGUCCCUGCUGCAGCAGCAAAUGCAGCCCAUGGCCUUACACCACCAGCACCACCAGCCCCCUCCUCAACCCUACCAACACCAGACCCAACCCCCACCUCCCCAGACCCGCUGGGUCGCCCCGCGCAACCGUAACCUUGGAUACGGGCAAGGAGGGGCCGGCAUGGACGGUAGCAGUAUGAUUGGCAUAGUCAGCGGGGGUAAUGACGGUCCCCCUGGUUCCGCCGGUAUGGUCCCUGGUGGAGUGGAGAACCACCCGGUGUUGGAGAAGCUGCGUGCCGCACACAGCUACAACCCCAGGGUGUUUGAGUGGAACCUGAAGAACGGUCGUGUGUUCAUCAUCAAGAGCUACUCUGAGGACGACAUCCACCGCUCCAUCAAGUACUCCAUCUGGUGCAGCACCGAGCACGGCAACAAGCGCCUGGACGGGGCCUUCCGCAGCCUCAACGGCAAAGGACCCGUUUACCUGCUGUUCAGCGUCAACGGCAGCGGCCACUUCUGCGGCGUGGCCGAGAUGCGCUCGUCUGUGGACUACGGCACCAGUGCCGGCGUGUGGGCGCAGGACAAGUGGAAGGGCAAGUUUGACGUGGACUGGCUGUUUGUUAAGGACGUGCCCAACAGCCAGCUGCGCCACAUCCGCUUGGAGAACAACGACAACAAGCCGGUGACCAACUCCCGGGACACUCAGGAGGUCCCUCUGGAGAAGGCUAAGCAGGUGAUGAAGAUCAUCGUGGGCUUCAAGCACACCACCUCCAUCUUCGACGACUUCUCCCACUAUGAGAAGAGGCAGGAGGAAGAGGAGGAGGUACGCAAGACCUUUGAGCCGCCUGCACCCGUCCAGAACCGGUCUCGGCUGGAACAGGAGCGCCAAAACAGGAGUAAACAGCAGUAGAAAACAUUUAUCCUUGGCUUGAUCAACAGUUACACUAGGACAUUCGAUUUAAGAGACAGAAGAAUUCCGAAAUUAUAUUUAAAAAAAAAAAAUAAGUAUUCUUUUUUUUCUAUUUAAUCCUGGUGAAUUUCUGCCACCACCGUGGAGACUUGCGCUUUCCGGCCCCAGGUACCACCCAUCACCUCUUGUGCAGGGAUAACAAGCUGAGUUCAUGUAUUACCUAGCCACCACCAUCACAUUGUUUUAGUUCUGAUUGACUUCGUUUUUUUACGUUCUCUCCAUGUACUCUUUCUCAUCAGACUGGAUUUGUUUUUGACCUCUCCUGGCCCCUCCCUUCUUACUCUUCCUCAAAUUGAAUCAGGGUUUGACAGCACCAAGGAGAAGAGAGAAUAUCUGCCACUUUAUAUUUCUGUACAAUCAGGAACUGCCGUGUCCUGCCCCUGUUUGUCCAUUGGGGGGCGGUGUUGCCAUCCUUCAGAGGUUUAACUGUGCCAACAGGGUUGGAGGAUCCCAAAGGCAAAAAAUGUUCGGACUUAGAACUGUGUGUGAUAAUGAGACUUCAGCGGUUUAUCUAUUUUUCAUUCAAGAUCAACAAAGUCUAUAUUUUCUGGCUUUACUACUGACAGUUUUUAGCUCAGAAGGAGGAUUUUUCUGGAGCCUUAAUAUUUAGUUUUCUAGUUAUUGAUGACUUGUCAAAAGAGUCUUUAACUGACAGGGCUGGAGAAAUCAGGGAUAGUCUGAAGUCAGACUCGGGACAUUUCAAAGGAGGAAGUGUGCAAAGGCCUCUGGGAAGGAAGUAACUGAUGGGUGUCCUCCACGACGACGGAGCUCUGACCAUCUGAAUUGAAAAUUAUACUAUUUUACAUCCCUAACAUCCCUCCACUUUGUUUUGAUAAAUGACAUUUGUCUUGAAGAAGUUGUGUCAUUAUCAGGAGAUUAUGUUCACGUACUCAAGCCAGUCUGAGAGAAAUGUAGCAUUCACCAUUUUAAAUGAAUUAUUUUAUAGUUAGAAUGAUGUGCUGUAACUGCUACAUAUGAAUGAAUUGUUUCUCUAUUUGGAAAAAUCACUUGGGUUAAUUAUCCGUUCAUCAUAAUUCUGUCUUAAUCUGUUGUUUUGUUUGACUUUCUUCUCAAAAUGUGGUUUUGCUGUAAAUCUCAUGUCCUUGGUAAUGCUAAGAUUUAACUUAGGAGCCUGUAGUCAUGGAGAUGACCUGAAAUGAGUAACUGAUUUACUAUCAAGAGUAAGAAAACAAAUAAGAACUAAAUAUGGUUUCUUGUGUUUUUUGUUGGUCAAAGUCAUUGAAAAUAAGUCAGUGGUAUCAGGAAGUUUCUAUCCAUCAAGAUUAAUUGGUGGCUGAACAUUGAAUGAUAAACAAUUAUCCCUCUAAUUAAUAGCCCACAAUGUGCAAUCAUGCAGGCUGCAAUCACAGUCUGGUAACCUUGAUUACAUUGUGGUUAAACACUAUAUAACCCUUUUGAGUAAUGGUUGGCACAACGAUUUCUUUCUAGUACAGUUCCUUUACUGACAGUACAGCAGUAUUUCCUUUGUUCUCUUACUGAUCUCAGACAUGCUGGAUUCCCAUUCUGCACAGAGAGACGGGGUAGAAACUUCUGAGUGACAUUCAGUCCACUCUUUUGUGUUGUAGGUUUAUUCUGACUUGAGCAUUAACCCCAGAAUUCUGUGACAUCACAGUGUGUGUGUGUGUGAGCAAGAGAGAGACAUGGAUGUGAAUGCUGUCCCUCACUGUUACUGUACAUCAGUGGAGGAGCUAUAGGACGACGGGCUCAUUGUAAUGGCUGGAAUUAAAUAACUGGAACGGAAUCAAACGUGGUUUCAAUAUGUUUAUCGUUCUAUUGAUUCCAUUCCAGCCAUUACAAUGAGCCAGUCCUCCUAUAGCUCCUUCCACCAGCCUCCACUGUUGUACAUGAGUGUGAACCUGCAUCUCUUGUGUUCAUGAAGUUGUAACAGCGUUGUUUCUUGCCGUGUGUGUGUGGAUCAGUUCCAGACUUGCUGGAUGCUUGUGUAUCACCACAGCCCAGUCUCAGAUGUUGGUUUUGUCUGUACUCUGUUGCGUAGCUGCUCUUUUCCCUGGCCGGUGUAGUGUAGCCCCUGUAUGUCUGGAGACAUGACCUUUGACUUCAUACUGGGGACAUCCGGGUGCAUCUCAAUAGUCUAAAGUGGCUUCCUUCCUCUCCUCCAUCUGCAGUAAUGUGAAAACAGGGUUAAAGCCAUAUGGGGUGGAUGAUUUCUAUGGUGUUUUCUUCCACAAGUUGUCUUUCACACCAGUAUAGAUGAAGGAAAGGAGACAAGUGAAGGAAGCCACUUUAGAUUAUAGACAUUGCUGUUGUCUUUCUUUCGGUCAAGAAGCAUGAAAUGGAUGUGAUGCCUAUAGUUCAGGACUUACAUGCACGUGUCGAGUUGUUUGCUGCAAUAGAGGGCCAUGUGUAUGGUUCUAAAAUAAAGGAUAUGUCUACUACACUAAAGGAAUAAUGACAUGAAAUUUAAAAAAAAAUAUUAAUACAAUGAAUUAUUGUAUAGACAAGUAAACCACUUUAGCUAUAUCAGUGGGAUCGACCUGUAAGGUUUUGAAAGCUCUAUCUUGGUUUAUUAUAUUUUUUCCUUUAGAAAAAAUCAAGCCUUAAUAAACUGUAUAUUUAGCAACAA